AUGCCGUCUCGUUGGCGGCAGAUGCUUGGCCGCAGUGAGCGCUCGACGUCUGCCCAGCGCGCCCCUUCGCCAGCAAACCUACCGCCUACCGUCGCCACCCAGCCUUCUCCGACAGGCCUCCGGGCAAGGCUGUGGAACAGUGCGUACAAUGAGCUUCAGGCAGAUGAGCCCAAAAUUGUUGAGGCCUAUGAGAAAUUCUUGUCGCUUGAGCUGCCGACGGCGGAAGAUACUGAGCCCCAGCCGAGGUGGCACCGCAUGCAGCGCCUCGUCGAGGUCGGACUGCAGAAGACGGCCAGGGAAGCCGCUGUGAAGGAGCAGGUGAACAGCGCCAUCCAGACUGUCAACGUCGUGAGAGGGCUGGUGGGCAAGGUGGUCCAGGCCUCCCCAGAAGCUGCCAUCGCCUGGGUCGGCGUCAGCUUCGCCCUCGAGGUGCUCUCCAACCCCCUGAGUGAACCCGGCCUCAAUCGGUCGGGCCUUUCGUACGUUGUGUCGAGGAUGGAAUGGUACUGGAACCUGGCGGAGCUGCUUCUCGAUGAGCGCGUCGGAUCCGCCUUUAUCGGAUUGCAAGACCAGCUCGAGACGCACAUUGUACGGCUCUACAAGAAACUCCUCCUAUACCAGAUGAAGAGCGUCUGUCUGUACAAUCGGAAGCGACUUGCCGUCUUGUUCAGGGACCUGAUCAUAUUGGACGACUGGGGCGGCCAGAUUGAUGACAUUAAGCAAACCGAGGCUGCCGUCUGGAAGGACUCGGAGCAGUACACCUCCCAGCAGGUUCGAUCUCACCUCACGGACAUUGCCAGCGCAGCAGAACGUCAGUUUUCCGAGCUCCAGAGCAUCACCUCCGCCAUCCAAGAUCAGACCAAGCGACAAGAGCACAUCUACCAAGUCAAGGAGGACAAACAAUGCUUAGACGAUCUCUAUGAGACAGACCCCUUUCACGACAAGACGCGCAUCCAAGACCUCAAGGGCGGUCUUCUCCGAGACUCGUACGUGUGGCUCCUGGACAAUCCCACCUUCAAGGCGUGGCGGACAGACCCCCGUGGGGUGUUUUGGAUCAGGGGCGAUCCCGGCAAGGGAAAGACGAUGCUUCUCUGCGGCAUCAUUGACGAGAUGGAGAAGCAGCCUGCCGGUCUUCUCGCCUACUUUUUCUGCCAGGCGACAGAGCAGAAGAUGAAUACCGCUACGGCUGUGGUCCGUGGUCUGAUCUACACCCUCGUCCGCCAGCACCCACCGCUCAUCUCGUACGUCCGGAAAGAAUACGACGGAGGCGGCAAGCAACGAUUCGAGGGACCCAACGCCUGGGAAGUCAUGUGCAAGAUUCUCACGACCAUGCUCGACGAUCCCAUCACCAGUCGUGCGGUGUUGAUUGUCGAUGCCCUCGACGAGUGCGGUGCUGGUCGACCGCAGCUUCUCGACUUGAUCACUCGCUUGGCCGCCACCGACCGCGCCAGAUGGAUUGUAUCGAGCCGCAACUGGCCCGAGAUUGAGGAGAAGCUCGCGACCACCGCCGAGACGGUCGCCCUCCGUCUCGAGCUAAACGAGGACGCCAUCUCUGACGCUGUACGUGUCUAUAUCCGACAGAAGAGUGACCAACUAGCGCGCUUGAAAGGGUACGACGAAGCGACUCGUGACGCUGUUCAUCAGCACCUGACUGACAAGUCGACAAACACCUUCCUCUGGGUGGCCUUGGUGUAUCAAGAGCUGGCGGCUCCUGACGUCCAGGCCUGGGAGGCACUCGAUAUCCUGCACACCCUCCCGUCCGGUCUCAAUUCUCUCUACAGUCGAAUGAUGGAGCAUAUUGGACGGUCGAGGCAUGCAAACCUUUGUCGCCAGAUCUUGGCAAUCGCCUCCGUAGUAUAUCGCCCCAUCUCAUUACAGGAGCUAUCCUCCAUCAAUGAGUCCCUCGUACGCUUUACCGACAAACUCCCUGAUUUAGAGAAACUCGUCAGGUCCUGCGGUUCAUUCCUGACCGUCCGCCACGGCGUCCUGUACUUUGUUCAUCAAUCGGCCAAGGAUUUCUUGCUAGACAGCGCAUCCCCCCAGAUCUUGCCAUGCGGGAUCGAGCAUCAACACCGCGCCCUCUUCGCAAGAUCUAUCGAGGUCAUGUCGCAAACUCUCCGCCGUGACAUUUUCAGCCUGAUCGACCCAGGCAUCUCCAUCGACGAAAUUUCACAGCCGGACCCAGACCCACUGGCCCCGGCACGGUACUCGUGCAUGCACUGGGUUGAUCAUCUCCAGGACGCAAAUCCCGCGGACAAGUCAACACUGGAGCACAUCCAGGACGGCGGCCUCGUUCAUACCUUCCUCCAACACAAGUACCUCUACUGGCUGGAGGCCAUGAGUCUCCAGGGCAGCGUAUCGCAGGCCGUCAUGGCUAUACAGAAACUCCAGGCGCUGGUGCCAGUCGCAGGAGCGCAGCGGUUGCUGGAGCUGGUCCAGGACGCCCGUCGAUUUGUCUUGUCCCAUAACGGAGAAAUAGAGAUGGCUCCGCUUCAGCUGUACGCGUCGGCUCUCGUGUUCAGCCCUACAAAAAGCCUGGUGAGAAACCACUUCAACCACGAUAUGCCAAACUGGGUUACGUCGCUGUCGCCCAUGCAGCCGGAUUGGGAUGCGUGCGAGCAGACGCUCGAGGGCCACAGCGGUUCGGUCCUGUCGGUGGCCUUCUCGGCAGACGGCACGCGGAUCGCAUCAGGAUCAGAGGAUGACACAAUCAAGAUCUGGAAUAGAACCACGGGGAUGUGCGUGCAAACCCUCCAAGGCCAUGUUGGCGGAGUGCAGUCGGUAGUCUUUCUACCAGGUGAUGCGCGGCUUGUAUCAGGAUCUAAAGACUGCACUAUCAAGAUUUGGGAUGUAGUCGAAGGGAAAUGCGAGCAAACGCUCGCGGGCCACAGCCGUCCGGUCUCAUCGGUGGCCUUGUCGGCUGACGGCACGUGGAUCGCAUCAGGAUCCUACGAUAAUACGAUCAAGAUCUGGAACACGACCACGGGGACGUGUGUGCAGACCAUUCAAGACGAUAGCAACAAAAUCUGGUCGCGGUACUUCAUACCGUUGGUGGCCUUCGUACUAGGUGAUACGCGACUUGUAUCAGCAUCUCGCGACCAUACUAUAAAGAUUUGGGAUACAGUCGCGGGAGUAUGCGCACAGACACUUGAAGGCCAUGGUAGUGCUGUUAGCUCGGUGGCCUCCACGGCGGCCGGCAGGCUGCUCGCGUCAGGGUCUGGUGACCAGCCUAUCAAGAUCUGGGACUUGGCAUCCGGAACGUGCGUACAGACACUGAAGAGCCACGACAACGAACGGGUUUCCUCUGUGGCUUUCGCGGCGGACAGCAAACGACUCGCCUCAGGGCACGGCGGCAGGUGUGUUAGGAUCUGGGACGUGGCGACAGGCCAGUGUGUCCAGACGCUCAAAGGCUAUCAUCAAUGGAUUUCGUCAAUGGCCCACUCCAAGGACGCUACAUUGGCCGCGUCGGGAUCCUACGACACGACUGUCAAGGUCUGGAACAUCGUCAGGGCGGCUAUAGCCAGAGAGACGUGCGUGCCGACACUGGAAGAGGACCAUGGGACACUGGAAGAAGACCACAGCGGCGCAGUUUGGUCGUUGGCCUUCACAGCGGACAGUACACGACUCGCAUCGGGGUCUGGCGAUCACACCAUCAAGAUCUGGGACGCGGCUUUGGGGAAGUGUCUCCGAACACUCGAUGGCCAUGGUGGCGAGGUUAGAUCCGUAGCCUUUACGGCUGACGGCACGCAGCUUGUGUCAGGGUCUGACGACAAAGUCGUCAAGAUUUGGGACAUGGCUACGGGAGCGUGCCUCCACACACUCAAGGGCCACAGCGGCAACAUCUUGGCUGUGGCCUGCGCGGACACUAGGAUUGCAUCGGGUUCCAACGAUAAUACUAUCAAGAUCUGGGACGCGGUCACAGGGACGUGUGUGCAAACACUCGAGUGCCAUACAGCGGUCUAUGAGUUGGCCUACGUGGCAAACGGGUCGCAGCUGGCGUCAGAGCUCGAAGGCUGUGCUGUGAAAAUCUGGGACGCACGCACGGGUACGUGUAUACAGACGCGUGAGGAAAACUCGAACCUCUUUCCUAUUGUCAACGCCCAGGCAUUGCAUCCUCCGCCUUCCGAUGCCAACUUGAAGCUAGAAGAGGCCCCCCCGAAACUGCCGUACACUCAUGAUUGUGUAAUCAGUCGCGAUGGACCUUGGAUCCUGAAGGGAACUCGGAGGCUGCUCUGGCUGCCUUCUGAGUAUAGACCCAAAGCAAUAGCGGUUGCUGGAUCACUCAUGGCACUUGGCGGUCCCUCCGGAAAAGUGACUAUUCUGCAACUUGGGGCGUUCGCUCUCAAACUGUAG